AUGCGUGCGACAGAGAGCACGGCCGAGUUGCGACUCGCGGCGCGUGGGGUUCGUGCUUUGCGGUGUCCGCCACCGGUGGCUAUUAAUACGCGGCGUACGUCCGCGCCCGUCGACUUCGGACAAAGUUUCGCGGGCGAGUCGGUGCGGCAGCGAGCGAGAGGCGGCGACGGCGCGGGCGCGGCGGGCGGCGGAGCGCACUUUGCGGUUGGGGUGGGUUGGGUUUAA